AGGGACCGUGCGCCCGGCUUCCCUGUCACUCACACUCCUUGCAGCCAAUGACGUGGCCUCCUGUCACUCUCACCCCACCCCCGGAGGGAAAGCAGGGAGGGAACGAGAACGCCAGGAGUUGAAUGAUUGAACUUUCCAGCCCAGUUGCUGCGGUCGCCUGGUCCCCAGCAGUGUGGCCCGGCGGUGCUGGGACUGUCUUCCUGCGCGCGGCGCCCGGGUCACCGACCAGCAAUAAUGGUACCCACGGCUGCCGGCACGGCCCUGACCCUCUGCCUGUGGCUGGCGACAACCGGGGGAUGCCUGGCGGCGAGCCCCGGAGCGGCGGCUGCUCGGCGGCUGGACGAGUCGCUGUCGGCGGGGAGCUUCCAGCGCGCACGCUGCGCCUCCAGGUGCCUCAGCCUGCAGAUCACGCGCAUCUCCGCCUUCUUCCAGCACUUCCAGAACAAUGGUUCCUUGGUUUGGUGCCAGAAUCACAAGCAAUGUUCUAAGUGCCUGGAACCCUGUAAAGAACCAGGUGACUUGAAAAAACAUCAGUGUCAAAGCUUUUGUGAGGCUCUGUUCCCUAAGAAGAAUUAUGAAUGCUUGACUAGCUGUGAGUUCCUGAAAUACAUCCUCUUGGUGAAGCAAGGGGAGUGCCCAGCACCUGAGAAAGCCAGUGGAUUUGCAGCGGCCUGUGUGGAAAGCUGUGAGGUUGACAAUGAAUGUUCUGGGGUGAAGAAAUGUUGUUCUAAUGGAUGUGGACACACCUGCCAGGUGCCCAAAACCCUGUACAAAGGUGUGCCACUGAAGCCCAGGAAAGAGUUACGAUUUACUGAACUCAAGUCUGGACAGCUGGAGAUUAAGUGGUCCUCAAAAUUCAAUAUUUCCAUUGAGCCUGUGAUCUAUGUGGUACAAAGACGGUGGAACUAUGGAAUCCAUCCCAGUGAAGAUGAUGCCACUCAUUGGCAGACAGUGGCCCAGACUACAGAUGAGCGGGUACAACUGAUGGACAUCAGACCCAGCAGGUGGUACCAGUUUAGAGUGGCCGCUGUUAACGUGCAUGGGACUCGGGGCUUCACAGCCCCCAGCAAACACUUCCGCUCUUCCAAAGAUCCAUCUGCUCCUCCAGCCCCAGUCAACCUCCAACUUGCAAACUCCACCAUAAACAGUGAUGGGAGUGUAACUGUGACAAUCGUAUGGGACCUCCCUGAGGAGCCAGACAUUCCUGUGCAUCACUAUAAAGUAUUUUGGAGUUGGACAGUCAGCAGCAAGUCACUCGUCCCAACAAAAAAGAGACGAAGAAAGACUACAAAUGGGCUUCAGAACUCUGUAGUCCUGGAGAAAUUGCAGGCUGACUGUGAUUACACUGUGGAGUUGCAGGCCAUCACGUACUGGGGACAGACACGUCUCAAGAGCUCGAAGGUGUCCCUUCACUUCACAUCUACACAAGCCAACAACAAUAAAGAACAACUUGGGAAAACUAGAAAAGGUAUGAUUCAAAGCCAGCCUCCUUUCCAGAGAAGACGACCCACUCGCCCUCUAGAAAUUGGUGCUCCAUUCUAUCAAGACAACCAACUGCAGGUCAAAGUUUAUUGGAAAAAGCCUGAAGAUCCAAGUAUCAAUCGAUACUAUGUGCAGUGGUUUCCAGAACACUGUGCCCACAACAAAACAGCCAGAGGAGAGACAUCAUCUGGCAUGACUCAUGAAAAUUACAUAAUUCUUCAAGACCUGUCAUUCUCCUGCAAGUAUAAGGUGAUGGUCCAACCGAUCCAGCCGAGGGGUCACUCAAAGGCAGAAUCCAUUUACUUUACCACACCUCCAUGCUCCUCUCUGAAGGGGAAAAGCUAUAAGCACAUGAGUUGUCCUGGAGACCCAGGCCAUGUUCUUUCCAAAGUGCUAGCCAAGCCGGAGAACCUUUCUGCUUCCUUUAUCCUCCAAGAUAUGAACAUCACUGGCCACUUUUCAUGGAAGAUGACAAAGGCCAAUCUCUACCAGCCCAUGACUGGGUUUCAAGUGACAUGGGCAGAGGUCACCACAGAAAGCAGACAGAACAGUUUGCCCAACAGCAUUAUUUCCCAAUCUCAAAUCCUGCCAUCUGAUCAUUAUGUCCUAACCGUGCCCAAUCUGAGGCCGUCCACUCUCUAUCGGCUGGAAGUUCAAGUACUGACCACAGGAGGGGAAGGGCCCGCCACCAUCAAAACAUUCCGCACCCCUGAGCUCCCACCCUCCUCAGCACACAGACCCCAUCUUAAGCAUCACCAUCCACAUCAUUUCAAGCCUUCGCCGGGGAGAUACUGAAGUGUUUCCAGGUGUUCACAUAUUGUACAGCUCUGUAAGCUUGUUGAGCCUCAGCAAGUAGACAAAGGUACUUACAGAAGCCAUGGGUACUUCUCAGAGCCCUCCACCCCCACUGUGCAGUGUCAGUGCAGUAAGGACUUCUGUCAAUCACAGGUGUGACUAAAAACAAAUGACAAAUAUUCCCCAGAGAAGAUGGACAUUAGCUUCCUAGGCAAAAAGAAAAAAUGAAGAUCAGGUCUAUUUAACUCUGAAGUGUACUUCCAUAUGUGGUUUUGCUAACUGCUUUUGAAUUGUUGCAGAACUGAAAUUUCCCUGACAUUGGAGCAGCAAAUUCUCAAAAAAUUAGUAUAGAAAAUACACAAUUUUUAUAUAUACUAGGCAUAUAUUUCAUCAAUAAAAUAUACUUUGAUUUUAAAGUUGAGCAAGAUUCUGCAGCCUUUUGGUACUGCUACUUCCAGACUCCCAUAAGAUCAUUUUUCUCAUAGGUGAUUUUAACUGGAAGUUUAUUAUCUGAAAUACACCCAUACCUUGAUUCCUUUAUUUUGAGGUGGGGUUUUUUCAUAGCCCAGGCUAGCUUCAAAUUCAUAAUCUUCCAGCCUCAUUUUUAAAGUAUUGGGAUUACAGACAUGCACCACUAUGCCUGGUUCUUGUGCUCAUCAUACACUUAAAUCUAAAAGUGUUCCCACCUUAGGCCCUCUAAGCUUCUGAUGAGAUAGCUCAAAAUAAAAGCUCAAUUUUUAAAUUAUAAUUUGUAAGAUUCACAAAGCCAGACAACUCAAUGAAUUAACCUGCUAAUCAGAUUUUCACAUUGGAGAAAUUAAAAUUCUUUGCUGAUGACACUUUUUAACAUUUCAUCAAUAAAUUGUUUUCAUAGCUCACCAAUGAUGGAUAAAGAUAUAGUUCUAAAGAGUGUAAGGAUUAAAGGCUUCCUUGUUUCACUAUCUACCCAAGUACUGCAGGAAGAAAAGCAAACUCAUUAUUGACAUAUUUUCAUGGUGGGACUUACUCUUUGAAUGCACAUUGAUUUCUGGCCAUUGCUAGGACUGUGCACAGCUAAGAACUCACUGACUCCAUCAGGCCUAUCUGCAGUGGCCAGAGUCAGGUGAAAAGUAAAAUGGAUAGAAGCUACUACUAUCAUUAUAUCCAUGCUUAUCAUUAUGAGACAUAGUCUAGAAGCCUGGGUACCUAAAAAAAGAUAUUGGAACCUGUUUCUUGAGUAUUAAAGUAUUCUAAAAGCAAAGAAUGUGGAAAUAAGAGCUUUGUGACUUUGUAUAAAUAACAUACAGUUGCCAUCUGAGAAUAGACGUCUAUGUGGAUCUGAAUGGUUUUGCAGCCUUUACUGUAUCUUGGAAUGGACUUAUCACCUGCUUCUAAGAAUAUCUGAAUAGAGAUGACAGUAAAUAGCCUUCAUAUCCCAAACUUAUGUCAACAUCACCCCCAAGUAUUCGCCAUCACCAGCAUCCAAAUUUCUCAUUCUUCAAAUUUCAAAAAUUCAUAUUCAAUUAAUGGCUACACAUCUAUCUUUUGCUGUGAUUCAUCAUGAAUGAAUCCAAAUAUUUAUUCCAGCCAACUUUUGUACUAUUUUAUAUUUAAAAAUGCAAGAUUGUAUUCAUAGAUACAAAAUAUUAU